CUGCUGUGUGUGCGGCAGCGGCGGAUCAGCGUGUGUUCAGUUUUCCACAUGUACAGCAGCAGCGCGAUGCUAAAGAUGCAACUGUAAACAUUUGCUGUUUUGUUUUUAGUGUUUCCUAUUUUCGUUUAAAGUCUACAUUAUUGUAAAGUGGAUUUCUGUCUUGGCUUCAUGUGGAAUGAACGAUGAAGAACCGCGGUGCUUAUUACAUAGAUCAGAGACUCAAACACAGAGUCCAGCAGUAUCUGAAAUCACACAAUGAUCCGUAUGUGGACAUUGCAGCAAUGGCCUCGGAGAUUCAGCAGCAGUUCAGGAUUGAUUACGGCCGGAGGAACAAGACGGCUUUCAGGAUUCAAGUGGAAAAAGUGCAUGCGGCGAUAUGCGGCGAGUCUGAUAUCUCUGCCCUGGAAAACAAACAUUUGGCCAAAAGAGCGAGACGCAAUCAAGAGGACGGGGACGACAGUCACGUCACAGAGUACAGCACAGACAGUGAAGAUGAUAUUCCUGAACAUGAACACACAAAUCACAUGAACAGCUCGCUGACGUCCCUCUAUCAGAAAGGAGCGCGAAACGCCGGCAGCAGCUCGACCCCUCAGAGGAGCGACGGCUGGGUCAUCGAUAAGACUGGAAACAGAGAGCAGGAGAACAUCUUCAUCGAUCUGUGUGAGGAAGAGUCCUCCAGUGCUGCGAAGCAGAGAGAUUCAUCAAUGCUGGAGAAGGAAAAGAAGCCAAAGAGCAGGAAACUGAAGAGAGCAAAAAAGAACCAGAAUGAUGAGGAUGCAGAAAUCACUGCUGGGAUACAGGCUAAAAAGAGUAAGAGCCAUGAGCUGCAGUUCUCAUCUGUGAAGUUCGAGGAUUUCGGUGGCAGUGAGGAAACUCUAGAGGAGGUCUGUAAGCUGCUGAUCCACAUGAGACACCCGGAGGUGUACCAGCGGCUCGGCGUCGUUCCUCCACGUGGAUUCCUGCUGCACGGACCGCCGGGGUGUGGAAAGACGCUGCUGGCUCAGGCUGUGGCUGGAGAGGUGGGUUUGCCGAUGCUGAAGGUCUCUGCUCCAGAACUGGUGUCAGGAGUCUCUGGAGAAUCAGAGCAAAAGCUGCGGGAACUGUUUGAGCAAGCCAUAAGCAGCGCUCCCUGUAUCCUGUUCAUCGAUGAGAUCGAUGCCAUCACGCCAAAACGAGAGAUCGCGUCCAAAGACAUGGAGAGGAGGAUCGUCGCUCAGUUACUCACCUGCAUGGACGACCUCAAUUCAUUAUCAGAACCUGCUCAGGUCUUGGUUAUUGGAGCAACUAACCGUCCAGACUCUCUGGACCCGGCCCUGCGUCGAGCCGGCAGGUUUGACCGCGAGAUCUGUCUGGGGAUUCCCGAUGAGGGUGCGCGAUUGAAGAUUCUGAAGACGCUCUGUCGUAAAAUCACGCUGCCCGAGGAUUUUGACUACAGACAGUUGGCGCGUCUCACUCCUGGUUAUGUGGGUGCAGAUUUAAUGGCGCUGUGUCGAGAGGCGGCCAUGACUGCCGUCAACAGAAUCCUGCUGCAGCCGAACAGAGAAGACGACACGCCACCGAAAGCAGAUCUGGAGCAGCUGUUGUCGUUGUUGAAGAAGAACGAGUCUCUGAGCGAGGAGCAGCUCUCUGCACUCUGUGUCCUCAUGUCAGACUUCAGGACGUCGUUAGCCAAAGUCCAGCCGUCCGCCAAGCGUGAGGGGUUCGCCACUGUCCCGGACGUCACCUGGGAAGACGUGGGCGCGCUGCAGGACAUUCGUGAGGAGCUCAACAUGGCCAUCAUGGCGCCCAUCCAUAACCCGGAGCAUUUCAGAGCUCUGGGUCUGAGCGCGCCCGCCGGAGUGCUGCUCGCUGGACCGCCCGGCUGCGGAAAGACCCUGUUAGCCAAAGCUGUUGCUAAUGAAUCAGGCUUAAACUUCAUCUCUGUUAAGGGUCCAGAGCUACUCAAUAUGUAUGUUGGUGAGAGCGAGCGGGCCGUCCGGCAGGUCUUCCAGAGAGGCCGCAACUCGGCGCCGUGCGUCAUCUUCUUCGAUGAGAUUGAUGCGCUUUGUCCUCGUCGCUCAGAGCAUGAGUCAGGAGCCAGUGUUCGCGUCGUCAACCAGCUGCUCACCGAGAUGGACGGCAUGGAGAACCGCAAGCAGGUUUUCAUUAUGGCUGCCACCAACAGACCAGAUAUUAUUGAUCCAGCUGUGCUCAGACCAGGACGACUGGACAAAACGCUAUAUGUGGGUUUACCGCCUCCCACAGACAGACACGCCAUAUUAGUCACUAUUACUAAGGGCGGAACCAAACCACUUCUAGAUUCAGAUGUCAAUCUUGAGGAAAUUGCCCAUGAUGCACGUUGUGAAAAUUUCACAGGUGCGGAUCUGUCGGCGCUGGUGCGAGAGGCGUGUGUUAAUGCUCUGAGAAUUCACCUGAGCUCAAAACCAGCACAAACACACACAGAGCCAGUGAAGGACAUCCGAGUGAGCAGAGUUCACUUCGAAGACGCCUUCAAGAAGGUGCGACCAUCUGUGUCCAAGAAGGACCAGUUAAUGUAUGAAAAACUGAAAGAGAGCCUCACAAGAUGACAACCGUUGGUCAACAACAAAAAUCUACAUUCAGAUUCUAUUUUGUGCUAAAAAUACAAAAUUAUGACAAGCUGCUUGUGCGUUUUCUCAUAUGUUUUCCACAAAGAUUUUACCUGACCUUGAACAUUACAUGAAGAUGAUUGCUGGUUUACAAAUUAAAUUUUCUUUUUUUUAGAUUUUUACCUGUUGUGUUUUUGGACACUCUUACAGUGACUAAAACUCAUGUAGUCUGUCAAUAACAGACACUCAACAAACCAUAAACAGAAAACACAUCACUCUCUAAUUCAGUGUGUUUUGCUGAAGUGUUUCAAAAUGGCAUCAUUUCAUUCAGAUGCAUCCCGGACUGAUCCAUCGUGAAUUGAAGAAACGGCAAUUAAAGAGUUCGGAGAGAGA